AUGGAUUUUGCUGGCGGAAGCACAAAGGCGGACCACCUCUGCGUCCUGGUUCACGGACUAUGGGGUAAUCCGAACCACAUGAACAAUAUCGCAAAGACGCUACGAGCCCAACAUUCCCCUGACGACCUCUACCUCCUGCUGGCCAAGCGAAACAGCGGCAGCUUCACCUACGACGGCAUCGAGCUUGGCGGCGAGCGAGUCUGCGCCGAGAUUAUAGAGGAGCUCAAGACGAUAGAGCAGAAUGGCGGCAAAAUUAGGAAACUGAGUGUUGUGGGAUACUCUCUCGGCGGCCUGGUAUCGCGGUAUGCCGUUGGUCUAUUGUAUGCAAAGGGCAUCCUGGACUCGGUUGAGUGCAUGAACUUUGCGACCUUUGCCUCGCCGCAUCUCGGCGUACGGACCCCUCUCAAAGGAUGGCAUAACCACAUGUGGAACGUGUUGGGCGCGAGGACGCUGUCCAUGUCUGGGAGCCAAUUGUUCACGAUUGAUAAUUUCCGAGAUACCGGCCGGCCCCUCCUAUCUGUCAUGGCCGAUCCCCAGUCGAUUUUCAUGCUGGGACUGCAAAAGUUCAGGAGACAUACGUUAUACAGCAACAUCGUUAAUGAUCGGAGCGCGGUUUACUACACGACCUGCAUAGAAAAGACGGACCCAUACAAGGAAAUAGAUCGGAUCAAGGUCAACUUUCUCAAAAACGACCCAGAGGGUGUCCUAUUAGAUGCGGCACACCCUUUCUCUCCACGACCAAAGGUUCCCGCACCCAUCACUCUGUCAUCUCUUACUGAAGCGGGCGUGCGGUGGAUGAGAGGAGUCCCGUUCAUGAUUACGGUGUCGGUGCUGGUUCCUAUUGGCGUGGUGGCCUAUCUUAUCAACUCGGUUUUCCAAACCAUACGAAGCACGAAGCGCAUUAAGCUACAUGAGGGCGGCCUAGCAGGCAUCAAUGUUGCAGAGUACCGGGUGCCGAUCCUGAUCAAGUCGUUUCGAGAAGAGGUCGAACACGUCUACGAGGCGCUGAAUAAUUCGCAGAACCAAGAGUAUCUGGCAGACGAGGAUGAGGAUGAAGAGAUGGGCAUGAAUGCCGAAGAUAGAAGCACAAUGGCCCGAGAGAGGCGGAUGUCGAUCCCGACGCAGCCAACCCUUGCGUUGGCACCAAUCCAAUUCGAAAUGAUUCGCUCACUGAACUCUCUCAAAUGGAGAAAGUACCCGGUCUGGAUCCAAAACGAUAGACACACUCACGCCGCCGUCAUUGUGCGAUUUGAGAAGAAGACGUUUAAUGAGGGUUGGGUGGUUCUUAGACACUUUGCUGGCGAAGAGUUCCUGUUGUAA